UACAAAAUGACAUUACAAGGCAGAAGUCUAUAGAGGAUAGUCACUAUAUGGAUGCCUGAAAGAAGACAGGAUGACUCCUACGUUCCAAGUGGCCCUAUGCGUCUGUGUGCUGGGACUGUGCUUUGCAGCCCCAAAACCGAGGAGUGUCCGGUGGUGUGUGACAUCAGAGAGUGAAGAAAAAAAGUGCAAUGAUAUAGUGAAUUCUUGUCACAUCCAAGAUAUUCUGCCUAUUUGUGUGAAAAGAUCCAGCACUGAGGACUGUAUGAAAGCAAUCAGUAAUGGAGACGCAGACGCCAUUAGUAUAGAUGGUGGAAAUGUUUUCAAAGCUUCUUUUGACCCUUAUAAUUUGGAGCCCAUUAUAAAAGAAAGUUAUGGUGUACACAAAGAAAGUGAUCCCCCCUGCUUGAAAGAAAAACAGAGACUUCAGAAUCUACAUGGAAACAGAUUCCCAUUGGGACUUUUUGUACCUGACUGUGAUGAAAUGGGCAACUACCAUCCGAAGCAGUGCCAUGGCAGCACCGGUCACUGUUGGUGUGUUACCUCAAAUGGAGAAGAGAUUGCUGGUACAAAGACCCCACCUGGCCAAAAACAGCCAACAUGUGGCGUUCCAGUGAGUGACACCCCCUGCUUGAAGGAAAAACAGAGACUUCGGAAUCUACAUGGAGACAGACUACCGUUGGGACUUUUUGUACCUAAAUGUGAUGAAAAGGGCAACUACCAUCCGAGGCAGUGCCAUGGCAGCACCGGUCACUGUUGGUGUGUUACCUCAAAUGGAGAAGAGAUUGCUGGUACAAAGACCCCACCUGGCCAAAAACAGCCAACAUGUGGCAUUCCAGUGAGUGAUCCCCCAUGCUUGAAGGAAAAACAGAGACUUCAGAAUCUACAUGGAGACAAAUUCCCAUUGGGACUUUUUGUACCUAAAUGUGAUGAAAAGGGCAACUUUCAUCCAAAGCAGUGCCAUGGCAGCACUGGUCACUGUUGGUGUGUUACCUCAAAUGGAGAAGAGAUUGCUGGUACAAAGACCCCACCUGGCCAAAAACAGCCAACAUGUGGCGUUCCAGUGAGUGAGCCCCCAUGCUUGAAGGAAAAACAGAGACUUCAGAAUCUACAUGGAGACCAACUCCCAUUGGGACUUUACGUACCUGACUGUGAUGAAAAGGGCAAUUACCAUCCGAGGCAGUGCCAUGGCAGCACCGGUCACUGUUGGUGUGUUACCUCAAAUGGAGAAGAGAUUGCUGGUACAAAGACCCCACCUGGCCAAAAACAGCCAACAUGUGGCGUUCCAGUGAGUGACAUCCCCUGCUUGAAGGAGAAACAGAGACUUCAGAAUCUACAUGGGGACAGAUUCCCAAGGGGACUUUUUGUACCUGACUGUGAUGAAAAGGGCAAUUACCAUCCGAAACAGUGCCAUGGCAGCACCGGUUACUGUUGGUGUGUUACCUCAAAUGGAGAAGAGAUUGCUGGUACAAAGACCCCACCUGGCCAAAAACAGCCAACAUGUGGCACUCCAGUGAGUGACACCCCCUGCUUAAAGGAAAAACAGAGACUUCAGAAUCUACAUGGAGACCAACUCCCAUUGGGACUUUACGUACCUGACUGUGAUGAAAAGGGCAACUACCAUUCGAAGCAGUGCCAUGGCAGCACCGGUCACUGUUGGUGUGUUACCUCAAAUGGAGAAGAGAUUGCUGGUACAAAGACCCCACCUGGCCAAAAACAGCCAACAUGUGGCGUUCCAGUGAGUGAUACAUCCUGCUUGAAGGAAAAACAGAGACUUCAGAAUCUACAUGGAGACAGAUUCCCAUUGGGACUUUUUGUACCUGACUGUGAUGAAAAGGGCAAUUACCAUCCAAAGCAGUGCCAUGGCAGCACCGGUCACUGUUGGUGUGUUACCUCAAAUGGAGAAGAGAUUGCUGGUACAAAGACCCCACCUGGCCAAAAACAGCCAACAUGUGUCGUUCCAGUGAGUGACAUCCCCUGCUUGAAGGAAAAACAGAGACUUCAGAAUCUACAUGGGGACAGAUUCCCAAGGGGACUUUUUGUACCUGACUGUGAUGAAAAGGGCAAUUACCAUCCGAAACAGUGCCAUGGCAGCACCGGUUACUGUUGGUGUGUUACCUCAAAUGGAGAAGAGAUUGCUGGUACAAAGACCCCACCUGGCCAAAAACAGCCAACAUGUGGCAUUCCAGUGAGUGACACCCCCUGCUUAAAGGAAAAACAGAGACUUCAGAAUCUACAUGGAGACCAACUCCCAUUGGGACUUUACGUACCUGACUGUGAUGAAAAGGGCAAUUACCAUCCGAGGCAGUGCCAUGGCAGCACCGGUCACUGUUGGUGUGUUACCUCAAAUGGAGAAGAGAUUGCUGGUACAAAGACCCCACCUGGCCAAAAACAGCCAACAUGUGGCGAUCCAGUGAGUGAUCCCCCCUGCUUGAAGGAAAAACAGAGACUUCAGAAUCUACAUGGGGACAGAUUCCCAAGGGGACUUUUUGUACCUGACUGUGAUGAAAAGGGCAAUUACCAUCCGAAACAGUGCCAUGGCAGCACUGGUUACUGUUGGUGUGUUACCUCAAAUGGAGAAGAGAUUGCUGGUACAAAGACCCCACCUGGCCAAAAACAGCCAACAUGUGUCGUUCCAGUGAGUGAGCCCCCAUGCUUGAAGGAAAAACAGAGACUUCAGAAUCUACAUGGAGACCAACUCCCAUUGGGACUUUACGUACCUGACUGUGAUGAAAAGGGCAACUACCAUCCGAGGCAGUGCCAUGGCAGCACCGGUCACUGUUGGUGUGUUACCUCAAAUGGAGAAGAGAUUGCUGGUACAAAGACCCCACCUGGCCAAAAACAGCCAACAUGUGGCGUUCCAGUGAGUGACACCCCCUGCUUGAAGGAAAAACAGAGACUUCAGAAUCUACAUGGAGACAGAUUCCCAUUGGGACUUUAUGUACCUGACUGUGAUGAAAAGGGCAACUACCAUCCGAAGCAGUGCCAUGGCAGCACUGGUCACUGUUGGUGUGUUACCUCAAAUGGAGAAGAGAUUGCUGGUACAAAGACCCCACCUGGCCAAAAACAGCCAACAUGUGGCGUUCCAGUGAGUGAGCCCCCCUGCUUGAAGGAAAAACAGAGACUUCGGAAUCUACAUGGAGACAGAUUCCCGUUGGGACUUUUUGUACCUAAAUGUGAUGAAAAGGGCAACUACCAUCCGAAGCAGUGCCAUGGCAGCACCGGUCACUGUUGGUGUGUUACCUCAAAUGGAGAAGAGAUUGCUGGUACAAAGACCCCACCUGGCCAAAAACAGCCAACAUGUGUCGUUCCAGAUGCAGACACAUGUCAUUAUGCAGUCGCAGUGGUACAAAAAUCAAGCAAAUUUCAAUUUAAUGACUUGAAGGGCAAGAGAUCCUGCCAUUCUGAAGUAGCACAGAUAGCAGGCUGGAGCGCCCCUAUAACAGUGCUACUUAAGAAAAAGUUGUUGCAUUGGGAAGGACCUGAGAAGGAACCUAUUGAGAAAGCUGUUUCAAGGUUCUUCUCAGCGAGCUGCAUCCCAGGAAUCACCAAGGCGGAAAACCUGUGUAGACAGUGCUCAGGAGUGGGAGAUAAUAAGUGCAAGCAUAGUCAGGUUGAGCCUUACUAUGGCGAUGAUGGAGCUUUUAGAUGUUUGAGAGAGGAUAAGGGAGAUGUAGCAUUUGUGGAAAGCACAGCUUUGACAGGCGAGUACUCUGAGAAUUACGAGCUGCUGUGUCCAGAUAAUACUAGGAGGCCACUAAAUGAACCGAAAGAUUGCAAUUUAGGAAAACUCCCAGCAAAUGCUGUGGUGACCAGAAGUGCUGGUGAUAAAACUGCAGAUAUCACUGAAUUUCUUCUUGAAGCUCAGAAACAACACUGUAACCUAUUCAGCUCCCAAUAUGGGAAACAUCUGCUCUUCGAAGACAGUACCAAGAGUUUGAUUCCCCUUCCAUCAAUAAUGGACGCUUUCCUGUUUUUGGGGGCAGAUUGGUUUCAUGACAUGAAAGCACUGACAGUGGGACAUCACACUUCCAAUAAUACAGUGCGCUGGUGUACACAAAGCAAAGCGGAGAAGAAGAAGUGUGAUGACUGGUCUUCUGUCAGCGGUGGGGCCAUUUCAUGUACAGAGUCGUCCUCUGUAAACGAGUGUAUUGUACAGAUUAUGAAAGGUGAAGCUGAUGCAGUCAAGCUGGAAUCAGAUCACAUGGAGACAGCACUGAAAUGCGGAUUGACAGUAGUAGCAGAAGAGUACAACAACAAGGAUGACUUCAGCCCAUGUAGAACACAUGUAUCACCCAUAAAAGAUUUCGGCACAGACUAUAUUGUAGCCUUGGUAAAAAAAAGCAACAAAGAUAUCACAUGGAAAACCCUUAAAGGCAAGAAGUCCUGCCACACAGAUGUAGACCACACCUUUAGCUGGACAGUGCCAGUUAGCCUGAUCAGUAAGCAGAGCGGCAACUGUGAUAUUGGUUCCUUCUUCAGCCAGAGUUGUGCUCCUGGAUCGCCCCUUGAUUCUAACCUUUGCGAACUGUGUAUUGGUGACCCAGGGAACCCUGAUGCAAACACAAAAUGCUCCCAAAGUGACAAGGAGGCUUAUUAUGGCAAAGCAGGUGCAUUCAGGUGUCUAGUGGAAAAAGGAGACGUGGCCUUUCUAUCACACAGAGUUGUAUUUCAGAACACAGAUGGUAAAAACCCUGCAACUUGGGCAAAUAAUUUGAAAUCAGAUGAUUUUGAGUUGUUAUGUCUGGAUGGUUCUCGUGCAUCUGUCAAUGACUACAAAAACUGCAGCAUUGCAAGAAACUCACUUUGUGCCGUUGUAUCCCGGGAGGAGAAUGUUGCUGAUGUUGCAAGGAUUGUAAAUAAUCAGCAAUCAUUGUAUGGAUGGAAAGGGUUUCAGAAAGACAUAUUUCAGCUAUUUUCAUCACCGAAAGGCCAAAAUCUCCUGUUCAGUGAGAACACGCAAUGCUUGAUUGAAUUUGAUAGGAUUCCUGAAAGAAACAUUUUUGACGAUUAUUAUAGUAAAAGAUUUUAUGACAUCCUUAAGCAAUGCCCAGCAAAGACAGGACUGGCGUAUGCUUGCACAUUCGACAACUAUUAAUAAGAAGACUUAGCAAUGUGGCUUUAUGGAUCAAUUUGUCUAUUUGUAUCUCUUUACCUCUCCAACAUAUAAACUUAUGUUGAACCAAUA